GCCCAUCCCUCCACACUUUCCGCCAUUUCAACCAAACUCUCUCUCUCUCUCUCUCUCUCUCUCUCUUAAUCUCAAGUGCCGGAGCGUCUGCUAAACAGAGUUGUAUCAGAAGCGGAGAUAGUUAGCUAUCGAGCUCCAAAUGCAGGGGGGUUCAGUGGUCUCGCUCUCUCCCAGCUUCAACAGUUACUCGCCCGGAAAACUCGCUGAGAUCGCCGCCAGAGUCGUGGAGGAACUUCGCCAUGAAGCCGACUCCGACACUAAUAUAUUUCCCUGGGCUACAGAAAACCCACCUAUUUCAUCUCGAGUUAUCUCAAACGCUGAACCUCCUCAACGACAACAAGAAGAAGACAUGUCCAAUAACAACGGCGAGGACGAGGAUGGAUACGAGGACGAAGACGACGAUUUUGAGUUCGCGUUUGUUUGCAGAGAGCCAGAUUCGUCUCCUAUCUCAGCCGAUGAGAUUUUCUACAACGGCCAGAUCAGACCCAUCUACCCGAUCUUCGACCAGAGCCUACUCGUUAACGAUUCCCGUACAAGCACUGAUUCUUCAAACACCUCGAAGCUUCGUCGUCUUCCUCUGAGAAAGCUCAUGACAGAGGAGCGAGAACGAGAAGAAGCCCGCGAGCCAGCGUCUUGCUCAUCCUCCGAAGCCGACGAGCUCGACGGAAUCCCAGCCGGAAGCUACUGCGUGUGGGCCCCAACAAAACCACCAGCCGACGUUGCACCUUCUUCGCCCAGUAACUGCAAGAAGAGCAAUUCGACCGGCUCUUCCAAGAGAUGGAAGUUCCGGGACCUUCUUUACCGGAGUAACAGUGACGGGAAAGACACGUUCGUCUUCUUGACGCAGAGCAAGAAAACGGCUGUAAAGAAGACGGACGAGGCGUCGCCGGAAAGUGGGAAGAAGGGGAAUGCAUUGAAGGAAGGAGAUAAGAGGUCCUUGCCGUACCGGAAGGACUUGGUAGGGUUCUUCUCUAACGUCAAUGGACUGAGUAGGAGUUUGCAGCCUUUCUAAAAGAUCGAAACUUUGAAAGUAAUUUGAGUGAAAAAAAUGAGAGGUGGGUGGUUCAGUUUUGUGAAUCAAAAUCCAUCCUAGAAAACACGAAACAUAUAUACUAUAUAUGAUUUUUGAUGUUUUUCUUUAUUUUAAGUUUUGGUUUAGUUUUGUGUAAAUAUCUAUGUUGAAUUUGAGUGUUCUUGGUAUAAUGGUUAAUUUUAAUGGUGUUGAUCUUAUGUUUUAUGAA